AUGGAUGAAGAGAGUAUACGACGUAUCUGCACAACUUCUUUCUCGACGGUAGAAGUGACUGAGGCGAAAAAGCUGCUGUGUGAUUCCAUUCCGAGCAAAGUACGAAGAAUCACCAGAAAAGGCGAAGGAAAAUCGCAGAGGGAUAUAGAAGACAUCAUAUGUCUUUUUAAGGAAACUGACCCUGACUUAACCCCUAUUUUUGUGGCAAGGGACCUAAAUAAACUACCUCCCAUCACCUUCGAUUAUGUGGACGCAUCAAAGCUUUUAAGGGAUAUAAAUUUACUACAACGUGAUCUAAAGCUGGUGCAGGAUGCUUAUGUAUCUAAACAAGAAUAUUCAAAACUCAGAAUAGAGCUGGAUGCUCUCAAAUCCGCGUCACUAGUGAAUAAUUUCAAUAAUACGUGCAAUUUUAACGAAAAUCUUAACGUUAACCAAAGACUAAGAGGCGCCUAUUUGUUGAACAAUUCGGAUGUCGAUAGUGGCCCCAUGGGUAUUAAUUUUUCCGAUAUUGGAGAAUCUCGCAACCCGGAGGUAGAUCUGAAAAUCGGCAUCCAGCGGACACAGGUAAUGGACGCCGCUGUGCCGAGUGUCUGCGAUGAAUCACCCGCACGGCCGAUGCUCGCAUCGCCGCCCGCGCCGGAGCCGCGUCAGGCAGUGUGUGACGUAAGCGAUCAGCUGAGUGCGCCUGCGAAGAAAACUUGUUUCUCGAGUGCGUUUGUCGCGGAAGCAAAUGUUGAUAAAGGAAAUGAAUGGAUAACAGUGAUCAAUAACAAGAAGAAGUCUAAACGUUAUGAAAAUAAAAUAGGAUUGGCAACACAAUUAUCGAAUUUUAAAUCAGCGAAUUUAAAAGUGCCUAUAUUCCUAUCAAAUGUGCACAAAGAUACUAAACCUGAGGCAAUAAGUGACUAUGUUUACAAGCAAACGAAUGAGAAAAUAUCUUUAAUUGAAAUAGCACAACGCAAGGAAAGAGGAUAUAAUGCGUUUAAGAUGUUUGUUCCUCGGCAUAAACUAUACAUGUUUCUUGAAGAAAAAUUGUGGCCUGAAGGAGUAAUAUUCCGUCGUUUUAUAAAUUUCAAUUACCAAGUAAAGCACCGUGUCGAGGCUAGCAAACCAGGUCAAAAUGAACAGCAACAAAGAGAUUGUACCCAGUAA